AUGCUGAAGCAGAUACUGUCAGACAUGUACAUCGACCCUGAACUGCUGGCCGAGCUUAGCGAAGAGCAGAAACAAAUCCUGUUCUUCAAGAUGAGGGAGGAGCAGAUCCGAAGGUGGAAAGAGAGAGAAAUAGCUUUGGAAAAAAAAGAGGCGGGAUCGCCAGGGAGAUCCAGUCCCAAAAAAGAGAACAGAAAAACUGUAAGUUGGAAGCUUGGAGCGGAUAAAGAAGUCUGGGUAUGGGUAAUGGGAGAGCACCAACUAGAUAAACCUUACGACGUCAUCUGUGAGGAAAUUAUUGCAGAGCGGGCAAGGCAGCAAGCACAGAAAGAAGCAGAGGAGCUCAGAAAAACUCAAGCCAAAGAAUCCUCCAAGAUUUCCAGUCCUCAGUUGCUGCAUUCUGAUUCAAAAGCAUUGGGAAAUUGGGAGGUCCCCAAUGCCUCUAAAAGAACAGACAAUGAGGAGGCAGGGACAGAAACUAGGAGAGUUUCAACACCAGAAGAAGAGAAAAUCCAGUCACCCUCCGGCUCAUCAAGAAAUAUUCAGCAGAUGUUGGCAGAUUCCAUCAAUCGUAUGAAAACCUAUGGAUUUCACCAGCAGAAGAAAGAAACAAUGAGGAAAAAACAAGAUGACGAGUUGAAACAAGUAGAAGAAGAGAGAACCAGACAAAUGUAUGAGAGUUGGAAAGAAACCCAGAAGUCAAACAAGGAAGAGCGAGAGUGGCAGGAGUCUUUGCGGAGAUCCAAAGCAGCCGAUGAGAAGAGGCGUUCUAUUGCUAAACAAGCUAGAGACGACUACAAGCGGUUAUCCCUGGCUGCACAGAAAGGGAAGGGCAAUGAUGGAAGCCAGGGCUCCCAAGGCGUUGCACAGAAACCCAAAAGGCCUCCUCUUCCGCCAAAACCUCAACUUCUCAACCCAGCAGGACCGCCUAGAAAACCUCACAGAAACCAGGGAGUGAAGAGAUCUGUGUCCCACUCAGCCCAAGAAAACAUUAUCACAUGGUUCAAGGAGGAGCAAAUCCCACUGAGAGCUGGCUUUGAGAAAAAUUCAGACACAAUCGCGCCGUGGUUCCAUGGAAUUCUUACUCUAAAGAGAGCAAAUGAACUCUUGAGUACAGAAGUCCCUGGAAGUUUUCUGAUCCGAGUGAGUGAAAGGAUAAAAGGAUACGCUCUGUCUUACCUCUCAAAGGAUGGACCUAAACACUUCCUAAUCGAUGCCUCCACUGACUCCUACAGCUUCCUGGGGGUUGACCAACUCCAGCAUUCCACUCUGGCAGAUUUGGUCGCGUAUCACAGGGAAGAGCCCAUCACCUCCUUGGGGAAGGAGCUGCUCCUCUACCCCUGUGGUCAGCAGGAGCAGCCACCUGACUACCUGGAUCUCUUUGAGUGA